CUCUUUUUCUCACUGAACAAAACAAAGCUCUGAACUUCUUUUCGCCUCUGUUCCAGCCCAAUUAACCUUCCUUGGCGCUUCCCUCUGUUACCCGAAAUUCAAAUUAUUCAGGACAGUAAAUUGAGAUGGAGACUGCAAUUGUUCCGGUUACCAUGCCUAAUACACCUAUUACUCAUAUCGAGAACGGUGAGUCACUUGGUUCUGAAGUGCAGCCGAAUAAACGGAAGAGGAAGAAGUCUAUUGUGUGGGAUUAUUUUACCGAGGAGAUUGUCGGAGAUGGAUCUAUCAGGGCCUUCUGUAAUCAGUGCAAGAGGUCAUUUGCUUACAUUACUGGUUCAAAGGUAGCUGGAACUAGCCACCUCAAAAGACACAUUGAGUUGGGUAUCUGCCCCGUGAGUCGUCAGAGAAAUCAACAGAUGUCGGACCCUAAAACUGGUAAUGCCAUUGAUGGAACUCGAAAAAGACAACGAGUAACAUAUAGAACAGAAAACAUCCCUUUUAACCAAGAGAACUGCAACCAUGAGAUAGCUAAGAUGAUCAUAAUGCAUGAGUAUCCCCUCCACAUUGUAGAACACUCUGGUUUUAUUGAUUUUGUUCAGACUCUCCAACCCCAGUUCAAUAUGGUAAGUUUCAACACUAUUCAAGGAGAUUGUGUCGCUCUGUACUUGAAAGAGAAGCAGAUCCUUCUCAAUUUCAUCAAUGAAAUCCCAGGCCGGGUCAGCCUUGCAUUAGAUUUGUGGAUUUCAAAUCAAACUGUGGGCUAUGUUUUUCUAAGAGGACAAUUCAUCGAUAGUGAAUGGAAUUUGCAUCGUUGCCUGCUUAAUGUAGUCACGGUACCCUCUCCUGAUUCAGACGGUGCCUUACAGCAAGCUGUCAUUUCUUGUCUAUCUGAUUGGCAUUUGGAGGACAGGCUAUUUACCCUUACACUUGAUCAGUCCUUCUCGAACGAGAGCAUAAACGAAAGCCUAAGAGCUCUGUUUUCUGUCAGGAAUCCUUAUGUGCUUCAUGGUCAGUUAUUGAUUGGAAACUGCUUUGCUCGAGUUAUAAGUCUUCUUGCACAAGAGGCACUAUGGGCUGUAGGGGAAACCGUGAACAAAAUCCGGGAUUGUGUCAAGUUUGUGAAAACUUCAGAUACACACGAGGAGACAUUUUUCCAUUUAAAGGAACAACUUAAAUACUCCAGCUCGAAAGACAUAUUCAUCGACGACCAAACAAAAUGGAACACGACAUAUGACAUGUUGUUGGUUGCCUGCGAACUAAAGCAGGUAUUUCUUUGCUUGGAGACCUCCAUUCCCGAUUAUAGCAUAGCCCCAUCAAUGGAUGAUUGGAAGCAAAUAGAAAUUCUCUGCACAUACCUGAAGCUUUUCUUUGAUGCUGUCAGUAUUUUAACCACCCAAACAUGCCCGACUGCCAGUGCAUUCUAUCAUGAAGUGUCAAAAGUUCAAUUAGAGUUGACGCAUGCCUCAAUGAGCAAUGACCCUUCUAUCAGCAGCUUGACCAAGCCUUUGAAGGAGAAGUUUGAUAGUUACUGGAGUGACUGCUUCUUAGCUUUGGCAAUUGGUGUGGUAAUGGAUCCAAGGUUCAAAAUGAAGCUUGUUGAGUUUAGCUUCUCUAGGAUAUAUGGUGACGAUGCUGGAAUUUGGAUUAAGAUCGUUGAUGAUGGGAUUCAUGAGCUCUACCUUGAAUAUACCGCACAAGAAGUUCAUCCAGCUAAAAUGUUUGUGGAAGAACAGAACGAAAGCAGUAUCCCUGAAGAGAAUGGGAGCAUCAUCCCCAAAAUUGAACACCCUGAAGAAGGAUACCUUCACGGACUACUCGAAGAGGGAUAUCUUAAAGAGGGACCAUCUGAACAAGUAGCUUGUCAUGAAACGCCCCAGCCGGAAGUAGCAUCCCGAGAAGUACCUUCUCAAGAUCCUCUUAUUUCUGUUGGAGAUGGACUUUCAGAUUUUGAUGUCUAUAUCUCUGAGAUCAGUGGUAGCCAGCAAACAAAAUCGGAAUUGGAUCAAUAUCUCGAAGAGUCUCUUUUGCUGCGGGAACAAGAUUUCAAUAUUUUGAGCUGGUGGAAACUAAACAAGACAAAGUAUCCUAUUCUCUGGAGGAUGGCUUCCGACAUUAUGUCAAUCCCAUUUUCUACCGUUAAUCCUGAUUCCAUUUUUGACACGGAGAGAAAAAAGAUGAACAAUUACAACAGUUCAUUACGACCGGUGACACUCGAAGCUCUCAUGUGCGCAAAGGAUUGGCUUCAGUAUGGAGUAUCAGAGAGUUGGAUGCAAUUGUGAAGAUGGAAUUCAAGAUUGCAGAUUUUGUUUUCAAUCUUCUGCAGGAUAUGAUAGUUAGGACUCUUAGUUGUGCUUCCCAUGUCAGUAUAAUUCCCCCCCCCCCACACAUGCAUUUAGAUGUUUUGUAGGCUUUUUAUUAGCUGCUAAUGGAAUUGACAUCAUUCUUCACAUAAUUUUUUCUUUGU